AUUUUGGUCAUUCUUGAACCUUUCAUUCAGAGUUUUGAAGCAGAUUCAAAGUCUGAUAGUAUAUUUUACACAUAAGGCUAAUUAGAAACACACUAAACUUUGUGGUAUUUGAAACAAAUAUAUUUAUUACUCAAAGUCAAGGAAAAAAAUUGCAAAUUGAGGCAUGUAGGUGCUGCAUUGAAUAUCAGAGCUGCUGCUUUAGAAGUAUUUAGACAUCAACCUUGGAGUGUGAGUUUAUAUUAUUUAGGGAUCGCUAAUGUUUAAUAUUUUUUUAAAUAUGUAUGUAUACUAACUGCCUUCUGGUAAAAUGUGUGGAAUGGUAACUAAAACUGUCAAAAGUAUUACUCUUCCAUGGCCCUGGAAGGUGAAUAACCUGAAUGGCAUUCAACUAAGUUCUCUCUACAACAUCUGUUGUCUCUCACAACAGAUAACGAUUUAAGAGACACAAAACUACAAAAGCCUUUGAACCCUUUAUGGGAUUUUGUGCAUGACAUUGCUGAAGAUGCAAAAUCAAUACUCCUAAAAGUGCAUUUAGAAUCUUGGAAAAACUUUAUUCAACAAAUGAAAAGGAAACAAACAACGGUGUAAGACUUUCUUUUUUAGCCCUUUUGGUUUUACUAUGGAGGAAAAGACACACCUUGUCAAAGUUCAUCCCUCUUGAAACACAUGCAUGUCUCACCCACUUAACUAAAUCUCUGACCUUGGUGUUUCUCUAAUUACUGACAAUAACUCUGUAAAUGAAUGAGCAACAUUCACUUAUGUAUUCUCGUAAAUUUAUGGAGCUAGAGGUAGUCUGCCUGUCCUGCUUUCGUUGCAUUCAAGCCACCGGAGUCGAGUGCAGCUGCAGUAGAAUCUGUCGGUAAAAUCCGCGACCAGAGACUCAGAUGUGACGGAAAAUCACAUUUUUAUUUUCCAGAUUUUUAGUGAGAUUUUUUUUAAGGAAAGUACCUGUCCACCAUGGAGGAUAUCACCAACUUCACUAUUGAUCCAGCUUGUUUAGGAGAACCUCCUCUUGCUAUGGAUGUUAUAAAAGACCUUGAUGUCUUUGGAAUCUGCCUGUACUCAAUGCUCACAUUCAUGGCCUGCAUCACCCUGCUGCUGUACCUGGAGCAAUGCGUCUAUGUUUACAAAAAACUGCCUUAUCCCAAGAAGACAACCAUCAUCUGGAUAAGUGGUGCUGCACCAGUCAUUGCCACCAUGGCUUGCUUAGGAAUGUGGAUCCCUCGUGCUGUCAUGUUCACUGACAUGACGUCUAACAGUUAUUUUGCAGUUGUGGUGUAUAAAGUCAUUGUUCUGAUGAUCGAGGAGCUGGGAGGCACACAUGCUUUUCUAAACCGCUUCUCUAGUAAACCCUUCAAGAUCAGCACAGGACCGUGUUGCUGCUGCUGUCUCUGUUUACCCUGGGUCCCCAUGUCCAGACGCAUGCUGUUCAUUCUAAAGCUUGGGGCUCUGCAGUAUGCCAUCCUAAAAACUGCACUCUCCAUCCUUUCUGUUGUGCUGUGGACCAACGGCAACUUUGAUCUUGCUGAUCUAAGCAUCACUUGUGCAACCAUUUGGAUCAACCCUUUUAUUGGUGUCCUCCUCGUCUUUUCUCUUUGGCCUGUUGGUGUCAUUUUCAUGAAUACUAAAAACUACCUGCGAAGUGUCAAACUAAUACCCAAGUACGCUUUUUACCAAAUCAUACUGGUUCUGAGUCAGCUGCAGACAGCAAUUAUCAACAUCUUGGCCUUAAAUGGAAGCAUCGCCUGCUCUCCCCCGUUCUCCUCCCAGGCCCGUGGAUCCAUGCUGAGUCAGCAGAUCAUGAUAAUGGAGAUGUUCCUCAUCGGUCUGUUCACUCGGAAUUUGUACCGACGCACGUAUGAAGAAAUCUCCAACGAGGCUCCAGAAGAGAAGGGGAACAUGCAGACGGCACUCCCAGAGCAUGACGUCUAAAAACGAAUAAUGUUUAAAUUCUACAAGUUAAGAAGUGAUGAAACAACUAAGCUUUAACCUAAGAUGUUGUUCAUGUUGUUGUUCAAGUGUCAUGAACACCUUUUUUUUUAUUACCUUUUUUGUUUUGCCUUUUGAGAUGUUUAUAAAACUCAGUUUUAAUUGUUCAUGUUGACAAACUUGAAGUAACCAAACUUUAGGUCAUUAAUUGCUAGUUUUAUCAAAAAAAUGUUGGGGAAAAAAAGUUUGAUUGUAAAGGAUAAAAGGCAAAAAACAUGAAAAGAGAUGUUUUUCGAUGUCUAAAUUGUCAAAUGUGUUCCAUCAACAACAUUAAGGUGGAGCCAUCUUUGAAAAAUACCUUCAAUCAAUGCAUUUAUACAAAAAAACUGUAUUUUACCUACUUUUAUUUUGGUGGUGCUGGCCUUUGUGUGUUUUUGUCUGAAGGUUUCUGUAACACACUAUUUAUCUGGUAAAUUUUAGGUCCCAAAUUUGGACAGCAAUUGGGAUAUUUGUCACAUUGUUAGCAGUAUCCAUUUUUGCCAGUCAAAAAGUUCCACAAAAACAGGUGUUAAGUUUUUUAAACGCUCAUUUAGAUUAAUUUUGAAAGAGUAAAUGUUUUUGUAGGAGCAUUACACUAACUUUCUCUUUAGACGUAGAGUGGAGUUUAACGUUGACGGUGUGCAUAGUUUCUUUGAGACAUUAUUGCAUUAAAUGUCAGUCAUGUUGCUUGCUUACUAACAUGCAAUGACAAUAUGUUUUUCUUCAAUCCAUUUUACUAUCUACAAAAAAUCACCUCAGCCUGUCAAGAUAACAAAAAAAAACAGAAUUACCUUUAAGUAUGAUUACAUUAUUAUUCAUGUGGUUACUGGUUCAUCGGAAUAGCAGGCAGAUUUGUCUUAAAACUGCUGACCCUCUUACAUAGACUUAUCUGGGCUAGACAAUACAUACAGAUAGAACAGACACUUUAUUUAUAGAUCCUUACAAAAAUGCUAUUCUUAAAACAACCACCAGAUGUCACACUUCUUUCAUCACAAAGGCUAAAAACAUGCCAAGUAAAAAAAGGAAACAAGUCACACUUUUGCAAUUAUUUUUAUUCAAAAAAUGCACUAAAACAAAGACUAUAAAAUUCUACAUCACAUUCUAUAUACUUUUCGUUUUUGCCUUGACUUAAUUUCCUUCGAAUUAGUUUAUUCAUUUAUUAACUCUUGUUUUCUUUUUUUACACUGCAAGUCUGAUUGAAUAAUUUUGUUUAAUUUGUACUGAAAACUCAUUUUUUAAAAUUGUUUUUGAGCAUUAUUUCGAAAUGUUUACAACACAGCAAUGAAAACAAAUAAUUUGCACAUGCAAAUAAAAUGAUCUCAUAUUUUA